UUACGCACUGUUCACAAGGUCUAAAGAGAUUGGCUAAGACAAAUAUUUAGUGGCCGUGGUGGUCGACCAAUCACAUGUCGGAAGCGAAUAAGAUGUCUCUUUAUACAUCCGCUUAUAACUCACAGGCUGUUAUGUACUUACGCAUGUGUGAUAUUAUUAAAUUUUGAACUAGAUCGAGGCACAAAAUAUGCGCGUGCUGUUGUUUAUAACUCACAGGCUAUUAUGAUACUUGCGCAUGUGUGAUAUUAUUAAAUUUUGAAUGAUACUUAUAUAUGCAUGUGUGAUAUUAUUAUUAAAUUUUGAAUGAUACUUAUAUAUGCAUGUGUGAUAUUAUUAAAUUAUGUUCAAGCUAUCAAAACUGAGCCACAUGAAAUAUCAGAACCAUGUAAUAUCUUUUUGGUAAUAUCCAGCUGUCAUUGCAAAGACAAAAUCUACGUACAGAACCAUAUAAUAUCUAGCGUGUACGAUAUAGACGUAUGUAUCCGCCUGGCUUUUCAGGGUGUCUGCGCGCAGGCUAUGUAAUAUCUUAUGGGGCGUUUUCGCAAUGUCCUGCUGUCAGGGCAAAUGUAAUAUCUUAUGGGGCGUUUUCGCAAUGUCCAGCUGUCAGAGCAAAGAUAAAAUCUUGCACAAACAAACCUAAAUAUUUUUGUCAAAAAAGCUAGGAAAGUAUACCUUUAGGCAUUAUACACCCAUGCAGGUAUUCAAACUAGUCGUAUUCAAAAUAGUCAAGAAACGAAGUCGUCCAGAAUUGUUAACAGCAUUUAGUUCAAAAGUGUACUGAAAGCAAUGAGCAAACGUGGCCGUGGUUCCUGCCCUAACUGCAAUGCAGCGUACUUCAAUCGCUCAAAACCACCACAAUGUGGAAUGUGCGGUCACGCGUUAGGAGGAACAUUCGAACCCUCGAGUAAGAAAAUGAAGUAUUCUCCUCAAGCAGUAGAGGUUUGUGAAAGUAUAUUUAGCGUCAAAACCAGCACAAAAGAUGAUCGCUGUUUUGUUACCACCGAUGGUACUAUGUGGUUUUGUAGCGUGGAGGCCUGCAAGAUUGUAAGGUCAGUGUCACACCAGUCAUCGCGCUUGGCCAAUUUUAGUUGCCGUCAUGUAGACGAAGCCAAGGAUUGCACUAAGACUCCGCCAGUUGCUAUUCUGAAACCGGAUUUAGAUAAAUUUGUUGGUAGUGAAAGCCUUAAAAGUUCCUUACAAUCAAUAUUAAAUUCAGCUGCAUGUAUGCAGAAUUGUGUCAUACAGGUGUCUGAUAGAAUGUUUUGUGUGCUGGGACAAACUUCAGCAAGCAAUCCCCUCGGAUACUGUCAUGUCCGCAAAGGGACAAAAGAUUGCGAUUACGUUUGUACAGGAAAAGACUGUCGGGGAUUCGCGGCAAAAGGGAAGCAAGUAAGAACGAAAUCAAUGUGUACACACAUAGCUUUGCUACGGUCAUGCUUUGUCGCUACUAGUAAAGACGUCAUUUCUUCUGCUGGUGAAUCAUCGACAGUGGUUGCUUCAACAGAUGACGCAGCCGACAAAACGAGCCAACGUAGUUCGACACUGACUUUGGCAGAAAGGGUAAAAGUCCUGCCAUAUGUUCUACCGAGUGAGUUGUUGCAUUCCAUAGCGAAGAGGGAUGCUUCAACAUUACUUGGUGUUGGCGAAGGUUGGCCAAAUAGUUUCAAACCCGAUUUUGGAAAAUGUCAGCUAUGUGGCUCCGAGUUAGGUGACUGCCGCACCCAUCCAGGGCAAUCUCAAGACAACACAUGCUAUCUUAUCACAGAACUUAACCCCUUCAAAGAAGUAAAUAUUAUGGUGAAAAUAUGCUCAUCCCGCGUUUGUUCUGCCAUGCAUCAAGCGUCGGUGGAAAAACUAGGUUUGUUUAACGUCUCCGACAAAGUUUUGGUUUCGCUGGAUAUCCUAUUGGAAUUCAGGGAGUUUUUUAAGAAAGGGCAACCUAUUGGAAAUAUUAUUCAUGCAAAGCUUCAAACUCUGAAAGCCAAAUGCAAGGAGAAUUCUGUCCCGACAGAUGGCGAGAUGGCGUACAUCGAGGAUUUACUCUAUAAUGGUUUUUAUAGUUUUGAGAUGGUAACGGAAAGAAAUCUCGAUGACGUGGUCUGUGGUAUAUGUGGUGUAUACCCUGAAAUAUGUUUGGGCGAUGGCAAUGAAAAAAAUUCUUGCACAAACCGUCAGGUCAACUAUACUAAAGAUGAUGAGGACCGCAAAGAUAUGGUUCCAUUACAAGAGUUCCUUAAAAAACUUCGACGUCGUUGGCUCGAGAAAACGGUUUAUACAAGAUCGAACGAUAAGUUUUCAGUCGCGAUAGAGGAACUGCCACCCAUAAUUGCACCUAGUCUCACUGGGACCGCAAUAAACACCGAGACUAAAAAGAAAAGUGUGUACCUUAAGUCACAUCAGCCGACAGGUGAUCCGGCACUCCUACACAAGUUUAUCUCAGAAGGAAAAGUUGAUAUGGAUGUACUCAAAGAAUGCGACGCAACGUUUAUCAACGAUAUAGCCCUAGCUUGUGGGAUACCUAUAACAGGGAAAUCUAAGCAAUACUUGUGUGGCGUACUGCAUGACUUGUACGGGAGCAUUUUAAUUGGUAACUGUCCAUGUCAUGGUUUUGGGAAAGUGCCCGGACACACAGGUGGAUUUUAUCAUUUGCUUUGCCGCCACGGGGCAACAGUUGCGUCUAAAUUUUUGGCGCUGACGGAGUCUGUUAGGGAUGCUGCUGACCUGUACCUGUCUUUGAAACACCCCCCUGUUGUGUUUAUUAAUGACACGCCUUGCGGAUUUGUUCGCCACCUUGAAUGCAGGGAUCCCAAAACAGCCGAAAAGUUGUGGGGAAUGAAUGCUGGGUGUUUUGAAAAGCCUGAAUUAGGAAGAAAACCUAAGGAAAAUCAAAACGUUCCUGCCAUAGUUCCCCCAGAAUACAGUGAUGGAACCGUUCGACCCUCGUGGGAGUUUCUCCGCGAGGAUGGCGCGUCCCAUUCCCAAGAUGAAAUGAAUCAUGCAAUGUCGCAAUGCCAUUUCGUCCUGGGUGACAGAUUUCAUUCUGCCUCGGAACCUCAUAAAUCACCGUUAUGCGAAUACCACAACAUCGAUUUGUGUAUACAGGCUCCAACCAUUAAAACCAGUAUUCAGGAGUCUCAAAAUCACCGAAAGAACUUAAGACGUUUACGAAGUUCCUGCAUGCAGAGCUUUGAAGUGCAUAUUGCGUACAACUUUUUAAUGGACUUCUACCAAAACGAGGAGAUUGUAUGUAGGCAGAAGAAGACUUUAGAGAAAUCUUUAGGGAUGGGAGAAAAAUUGACGAGAGACAGUAACCUAAGGUUCAUAAUUCAAUGAUUCGCGCGUGUAAUAUUAUAUAUAUGAAUUGAACUGCAUGAGUAUGUAGCUACGAAAUACUACAGAUAUAUACAUAAAUAAUAAUGUAACAUUUCCUGAUUUGUAAAUAGGAUUAAUGACGUGAAUUUUAUUCGACACCAAUGCGCCCUAUAAUUGUUUGAAAAAAUAAACACAAAAAAAUUCUAUAUAUUUAUACUCAAAAUAUGAUUUAAAGCAUUUACUUUUGUACGAAAUCCAUUUCUAUUUUGUCGGAAAAGAAACACCUGAAUACCUUUUAUUAAUUACAUGCAUGCAGUAUAAGUAUAGCCAUGCAUGAACUAUUUUACAUGCAUGAUUUACUGAGAACGAUUUUAAAACUGUUCAAUUUUUCUUUUGCACUUUGCAUAUAACUACUUUAAAAUAAUUUGUCUUAGUCGUUAUUGAAAAAACGAACAAAAGUGUAUGAUUAUGUUUUGUCCGCAAUAUAAAUAUAUACAUCAUGGGUAAUGGGUUGCCGCAUCGUAACCCUCUUUCCGAGGGUUAAGUACAUGUUGACAUACGUCUAGGCCAUAAUGGGAAAAGCUAUAUAUAUAUAUAGGGCGUUCCUAUAAUAUCAACAACUUAGCAUGUAAUUAGCACUUGUCACUUUUGUAAAUGGUCACUUAUAUACUUAAACGUGAUAAACAUCUGAGGUACUUUUUUAUCCAUGCACCUGAUGCAUGAUCAUGCCUGACACCCGUCGGGCAUUGAAUGGUAUAA